AUGCUGGCGUGCGUGUCCCGCGACGGGCUGUGGGCGGUGAACUCGACGCCAAGGUGGAUGCCGUGGGACCUCAAUCCGCUGAGUAUUGAUCGCCAGCCCAACUACCGCUCCUGCGACCUGCUCUUCGCCAAGAGGGCGGUGUGUUUGGGGCAGCAGCGGAGUGGGCACCCCCCCUCCGCCCCCACCGCUGCCCUUUCCCCCACCGCAUUCCACUGCACUAUAAGCCGAUUUCCAAACCGCCUCAAAACAACACGAAUGCUUCCUGCUCCGUCUGUCCCCCUUCCCAACCUCCCACCUGCCCAACCCUCCCCUGUUUGUCCUGUCCUAUCUCAGGAAGGGCGGUGUGUUUGGGGCAGCAGCGGAGCGGGCACGGAGGUUGCCCAACGCAAGAGCAGCAUGGCGGGUGCGGCGGGAGCUGCUGUACCAGUGGCGCCCCGCCAGCCCCCUCCGUUGCCCCUUCCAGCAGUUCGACCGCGCGGGUUCUGCCGUGCUUUGAGGGGGCGCAACGUGGUGGUGGUGGGGGAUGCGUUUAGUCUCGACUGGCACGACGCGCUGGUCAACCACCUUGUCACUGCGGGGACUAAGAACAGGGCAGGGCAGCUGGGCGAUGCCUGGGCCAACGUCACAGAAGGGGCCUGCUUUGAAAGGGGACACCGCCUCUGCACCGACGUCCCACUCAUUCCCCCCUCCACCCCCACCGCUGCUGCUGCUGCUGCUGCUUCUGCUGACUCCUCAACUCUUGAUGACCCAGACUCUGAUCCCGCCACUGCUAGUGCUACUGGUGUCGGUGGCUUCACUGCUGGUGGUUCGGCUGCUGCUGCUGCUGCCGCUGCUGGUGCUGGCGGUGGUGGUGGUGGAAUGGGUGUUGGGGUUUCUGGUCGUCGUUCUCGCUUUGGGGCUGCUGCUGAUGCAUCUGAGGAGGACACAGGGGGAGAGGAUGGGCAGGACAGGGGUGAAGAGGAGGGUGCAAGGGGGAGGCAGGCGAGUGGCGACGCGGGUGUGGGUGGACUCAGAAGUGGGUUUCAGAGGAAGGGCUGGGGACGAGGCAGAGGGCUGGCUGGGAGAGUGAGCAAAGAGGGCAGUGGUGCGAGUCAGCCCCUUAACAGCAAGGAGGGAGGGGGUGGUGUGGUGGUGAGGAGGAGGAGGAUGGCGGGGUUCAAUCUGCGGGUAGUGCUGAACGCCUUUGCAGCACCGGACACGGGGCGGCCCACGCGGCUCAACAACCGCUGGCUCAAGCGCCUCAAGAAGUGGAAAACCAACAUCCUGGUGCUCUCCCGCACCCCGGCCUUUGAGGAGCUGAUGCUGCAGGAGGUGCAAGACACCCUCGAAGCCGUAAGAGACCGACACGCUUGUCAUCUGAUGGCCUGUCCCCCUUGCCUUGCCCUUAUUGAUUUCCCAAAUCUUCCAGAGGAGCUGAUGCUGCAGGAGGUGCAAGACACCCUCGAAGCCAUAAGAGACCGAGGAGCUGAUGCUGCAGGAAGUGAGGGACACGCUAGAAGCUGUGAGGGACCUGUACCCGGACAUGCUUGUCAUCUGGCUCAGUGCGGUGGGCGGCCAUCCCAGCUGCCAGCACUUCACCCGCCCAUACCACUUAGUCCCUUUCUCCCUUGCCCAUACGCUUCCCCUCCUCCUUCAGAGGAGCUGAUGCUGCAGGAGGUGCGAGAUAUCCUAGAAGCAGUGAGGGACCUGUACCCGGACAUGCUUGUCAUCUCAUGGCCUGUCACCCUUGCCUUGCCCCUAUCUCCCCAUGCAAUGCAAACAGAGGAGCUGAUGCUACAGGAAGUGCGAGAUACCCUCGAGGCAGUGAGGGACCUGUAUCCGGACAUGCUUGUCAUCUGGCGCAGCGCGGUGGGCGGCCAUCCCAGCUGUCAGCACUUCACACGCCCGCUCAGGACCCGCCCCGCCCUGCUGGCCGCCAAGGGGAAGAUUCCCGACGCGUGGCUCCGGCAUGCCGAGAUGAACGCUGCCAUCAGACCGCUGCUCAAGGAGUACGGGGCAGUGUACAUGGACGUGGAUUCGCCCACCUCCCUUCGCCCCGACGGGCAUCACGAGCGCAUGGACGGCAGCAUCAACUGCCACCACUACUGCAUGCCCGGCCCGCUCGACCACUGGGUGUCUCUCUUCCACAACCUGCUGCUGCUGCUCGACCAACACUCCCCCCUGACCGCCCUCCCUGCUGCUGCUGCUGCUUCUGCUGCUGCUUCUGCUGGUGCUGCUGGUGCUGCUGGUGGUGUUGGUGGUGGUGGCGGUGCUGCUGGUGUUGGUGGUGGCGACGGUUUGUCUAGUUCUGGUUUCGGUGGUGCUGCCGGUGCUUCUGGGUCUAGUGCUGCUGCUGCUGGUGGGGUGCCAGCGGUGAAGGUGAGUGGGGUGGUGGGGGAGGGGGGAGUGGUGGUGGAAGAGGAGGAUCUCUCUGACGUACCCAGAGGAGGGAGGUGGCGCAGCAAGGGGGACAUAGAGGAGGAGGAGAGGGGGAGGGAGGAUGGAGGAGGAGGUAUGGUGGGGGUAGGCGGUUCGGAAGGGUUUGAGGGAGCAGGGAUUGUGGGAGGGGGGAUGGGAGUGGGAGGAGGGUUGGGUGAGGGGCAAGUGGAAGGGAGUGGUGGAGAUGGGCGUGGAGGGGUGGAGAGCUCUCAAGAGGCAGAUGCGGCCGCCUGCACCAACUUCUCGGCGUGCAUCCCAGGGACGCGCAUUCGGGGCGAAGCAGCAGUGGCGGAGGCGCAGCAGGAGGUGGCGUGUGUGGCGGAGGAUGGCAAGUGGGUGCGCUUCAACACGCCCCGCUGGCUGCCCUGGUCCCGCGACCCCCACACCAACCCACGCGCACCACAUUAUGGCACUUGUGAUCUCAUGCAUGUGAACGAGACCGGUGGCAAGGGCAUGUACGGGUAUGCAGCGGACAAGUUUCGGAAGAAUCCGGGCGAUCGGGAGUGGCACGUGCGGGCGGCGCUCAAGUACCAGUGGAAGGCCAGCCGCUUCUGCCCGCCCUUCAUGGGGUUCAACCGGCACAAGUUCUGUGCGGCGGUGGGGCGGCGUAAUGUUCUGUUUGUGGGGGAUACGACUCAGCUGGCGCUGCACGACGUGUUUCUCAACCAUGUCACCACCAUCGCCACUCAGAAGGAGAUUGGGGAUAUCGCCGACGCCUGGACGGCGCCCAACAACCAGCCGGCUUGUGCCACCAACAACCCCCACGUGGUGUGCUCCGACAUCGUCCCAGGGGGCUUCACCUUCCGUGUCGCCCACAACAACCUGCUCACGCCGGAUACGCCGGGAGGAGGGGCGUUCAACCAGCGGUGGCUGGGGCACCUGCGCAAAUGGAACGUGUCAAUUGUGGUUCUCAACAAGGGCUUUGAGCACCGCCCCACCCCGGUGUAUCUCAAGACGCUUCGUCAGACGCUCACAAAAUUCCGCCAGGUGGCACCUGACACGCUGCUGAUUUGGCGAUCCACGUGGCGCGGCCAUGAGGGCUGUGAGAAUGCCACGGAGCCGCUGGCAGCGCCACCCGAUAAUGCCACCCGGGCUGGUCCAUGGGCAUUUGUACUGGAGCAGAAUGAGGCAGUGCGGGAUUUGAUUCGGGUGAGUUGGAUCUCACAGGUACCGUAA